AUUUCUCUUGAAACGACUUUAAUCUACACGGUCGAAAUGAACCAAUUUAAAUUGACGCGGCACAGACGAUUACAAGGACGUGAAGCGGCAGAAAUUGGAACUACGUUUGAAAGCAGACGACUGACAUUUCAAUCCCAUGCUGAAUUUUGUGAAGUUGUGGAUGCCAAUGAGUUGUUGAAAAGUUUUGUUUUUGAUUCCUUAAUUGUGCAAUGUACAUGAAAUUAUGGAAAAACGUACGUCGUGUUGCUUCCCUUAAAAGGUUUAUUCAUCAAGAAGCUACAGGAACAAUAAGGGUUGAUGAACAGUUGAUAAAAAAUCACGAGACUAGUUCCGCAAUUAAUCAACUCCAAAAUGAAACAAGUGAUUUUGAUGAACUAGCCGAUGCAGUCACCCCAUUAUGGAGGAUACCUUACGCUGAACAGUUGGAAAUAAAGGAUAAAAGGAAUUUCGAAAUCAUGACCAAAUUGACACAGAGGCUGAAACCCCACUCCCCUUCCAAGGGCAUAAUCUGCCAGCUGAAGGAAACUUUACCUUCGCCAGUCACCUUACACUACAGGAAUAAAAACGACUUUCACAUCCGUUACGACUCGUCUGGUCGAGUCGUGGUGGGUUUGUGCGUCGGCAAAGCCUCGAGACAAACGUUGCGGUGCAUCAAAGCCGAUAAUCUGUUCAACACACAUCCAACACACACGGAUGUUGCCCGGGUCGUCCAGGAGUACAUUCAGCACGAGUCAAAGUGGAAAGUGUGCGAACACUUCCAGCGUGGUGGAAACUGGAGGAGCGUAUUGGUCCGCUCGAAUCACAAGUUCGAACUUAUGGUCAUUGUCACGAUUCAUCCACAGGAUCUAGAAGAGGAAGAAAUUCAUUCUGAAAUGGAACGAAUGAAGAAUUAUUUGCUGGCCAGUCCUAUGGGCAAACAAAUCGUUUCCGUCUAUUACCAAGCCUCUGGACACACUCGUGCCACGGCCGAACAAUGUCCUUUCAACCUCCUGCAUGGCCAGUCGCACAUUUACGAGAGAAUCGGCGACUACGAAUUCCGCAUUUCGCCGGAAUCUUUUUUCCAGAUCAACACGGAAGCCGCCCGUCUACUCUACGACACUGUAGCCCUGCAACUUGCCCCUCAACGAAUGUCCACGGUCGUGGAUCUUUGCUGCGGGACGGGCACACAAGGAUUGAUGGUGGCCCGGCACAGUCGUGGGGUCAUUGGCGUUGAACUGUCCCGUUCAGCUGUCGAGGAUGCCCGUUUCAACGCAGCCCACAAUCAAAUUCAGAAUGCGGAAUUCAUUGCUGGUCGGGCGGAAAAAAUUUUCAAACACAUCAUGGAGCAAUUGGAAGUUUCGCCGGAUAUCGCCGUCAUUGUCAAUCCUUCCCGCGGAGGAGUCGACAAGCGCAUCAUUAGUCUGUUGAGGAACAACGAACGUGUCCGAAACCUCGUCUACAUUUCGUGCCAAGCUGACGGCCCGGCCAUGAACAAUUUCGUUGAUCUUUGCAUACGAGGCCGCAAAACGUUGAGCGAACCUUUCAUGCUGAAAAAGGCCACACCAAUCGACUUGUUUCCCCACACAAAUCACUGCGAGUUAGUCCUGUCGUUUCGUCGUUGACUUUCCCAAUUUAUAGUAAUUAGUUAUUUGAAUAAAUACAGGCAUUAAUUUUC